AUGCAGAGUUUCACAUUCGCGCCGCCCACGCUGGCGCCCCGUGAGAACCAACGCAACUAUGUCUUUGUCGACGAGCACAACAGGCACAAACGCCUCAAAGUAAUGAGAGCAUGUGAAGGCUGUCGCAGGCGCAAGAUCAAAUGCGACGCUGCAACGACCAAUGCCUGGCCAUGUGCCGCUUGCAUCCGUCUGAAGCUCAAUUGUGUCCCUCCCACUGUCAGCUACGACAAAGAUUUCAAUGGAAACUCGCAAACGUUCGAACUGGAACCGAGGCCCGAAGAGUAUGCGCAGCCAGGCGCACCUUCCCAACAUGACUACCAGCGGCACCAAUCAAUGUCACACAUCAUCAUGCCUCACCAGAUGCCACCAAACUUGCCAACGCCAGUUUCUGGAAUGUACCAGUCUUCGCCCUACCCUGAUCCGCAAGCUCAGGAUGCCAUGCACUACCCCGCCAUGUCUCAACCACAGCAGAACAUGAGUUACCCACCCCAGCAGACCUACUCCCAAGCAUCAGCCGGAGCGCCAGCGAUGGUCAUGACCCCACCCGAAGCUGAGCCCCACUGGAGAAGCGAAUCUGUCUCAAGCCUUACGGAUGCCUUGGGUGAGCUCAAGAUUGACCAUACCGCCAUUGCGCCUUACAUCACCAACCAAAAGAAGGCACUGGCAGAAACGCCUGCGCAAGAGGAGUACGAGGUACAGCUACCAGCCUCGGUCAGCUUAGACCACAUUGUUCGUAUCCCACCGGAGAUGAUGCCUUCUGAAGAGCAAGCGCUACAUUACUUUGACUACUUCUUCGCCAACAUCCACCCUUACGUUCCGGUCGUCAACAAGUCCUACUUCUACCAGCAAUGGCAGAGUGCGCGUGACUCCAUUUCUCCGCUCAUGCUCGAGGCUAUAUUUGCGUGCUCGACUAUGAUGCUAGGUGAUGUUGACGAGGGCAACAAGUGGCUGGCCCUUGCAUCCAAACAUGAAGAGAGCUUCAAGGACGUUUCUCGACUGAGCACUAUGCAAGGAAUGGUCCUUCUCCUCAAAGCAAGAGAGGGCUCGCCGAAACGCGGUUACUUCUGGCGUUCUUGGAUGGCCGUCGUUAGCCUUACGGCGAUGGCGAAAGACCUGGAGUUGCAUGAGCAUUACGAUACUCACCAGAUGGGCAAAUCCUGUGGCUCUACAGAUCAUGACUGCGUUGCCAAAACACGCGUCUGGCAGAUGUGCCUCGUGUACGAGGCCAUGAUUGGUGGUCCUCAAGGACGCUACGACUACAGCGUUGAUCUGGACACAGUAGAUUUUGACAUGCCAAGACCAGCACCUGGUCAGGAUGCUACAGAAUUCCAGGUUGCCCGCCAAUUCAUCCAGUACAUCCGGAUCGCAAAGAACGUGUACCUUUCAGCCUUGAUGUACGGUAAGCUGCGGAAGAAGACGGCAGAUUGGGCGCUGGACCCAUCAUUCAUUGCCCACAACGCGGAUUUCUCUCUCUGGCAGCGAGAACUGCCAGAGGACCUCCAGAUUUCCUAUCCACCAGACAACUCAGCUCCCUGGAUUCCAUCACAUUAUCUGGCAAAUUUGCACAGCUACCAGGCCCUCGCAAUCGUUAUGCAUUUCAGACCACAAGUCGACGCAGUAGCAGAAUCAUAUGAUGGAAUCUGGAAGCAGCACAUGAUGACGUGCUACUCGGCCGCAAAGACUAUGUGCAAGCUGCAGGAGGCGAUCCUGAAGACCUACGGUAUGCCUGGCUUACUGUGCAUGCUACGAGGCAUGAGCUUCACGAUCUACGCAGUCCUUACCUGCACUAUGCUACACCUUGUCGCGAUUACCUGCCCUGACCCAGACAUCAAUCGAGAUGCACGGGACUUCUUUGUGAGGCACAUGCGUGUCCUAGAAGCUUGUGCUCCGUCUUGGCCAAUGCCUGAGAUGCAAGCCCAGGUGAACAGCUUGCGCCAAGCAUUCUCCGCAGAUAUUACGAAACCGUUCGAACUCAAGGCUACAUUUCCUUUCGGAAGUCCCCAGGUGGCCCCUCAAUCAAGCCCUCUAAGCAAUCAAGGCUCCUACCGACCUCGUCACCCAAGUCAUCCUUCGCCGUUGGAACAACCAGGUCAGAUCAACUACCAUGCCCACCCCAUCACUCCACCAAUAUCGGCGUCCGACCUCGGUUCGAAGACUGACUCUCCUGUAGCUCAGUCUCUGGUCAUGAUGGCAUCCGGUCAGCGUGCGCCUCAAACAAGUGCGGGUAUGCAGAUGCAGGAAAACGUGCAGUGGAACCCGCAACGCAUCUUUGAUCAAUGGAAUGUAGCCUUUGGUACGCCUCCCCCUACCGCGUCCUCCUCGUCAUCCCCGCCGCUAAGACCCCCACCUUCAGGCACGAACUACGACAUGCGUCCCCAGGACUCAAAUUCGCCGAACUACCAGUUAUCGAACGUUUCACCCCAGCAAAGCGGUAUCCAAGGAACUCCAGGCCAAUUACCUCCGUCCUCGAGUUAUGCAGGUGCAAAUCCAUCUUACGUCACCCCAACCAUGUGGCAAGAAGUCGUUGCUAGCUCCUUCCAACCCGGAGUCAAGCGAGGAUGGGACCAAGGCAGCUCCUCGAUGGUGGAUCAAUCCAUGUACAAACGGGCACGAUGA